GAACAACUUGGCCAUGAGUUAUCCAACCUCGAGAGAUUCUUCACGGGCUCGUCUCCUCUAUAACUGAACCCGGUAACAGAGCACACAACUGAACUGAGAGAUCAGAGUACUUCUUCAGCAGGAGAAGACGGCUGACGAGAAGGGGAAAAGAGAUGGAGCGGCACGCCCGUGGCGCUGCCCUGUUCUUGCUCGCCUGCUUUGCGUCUGCUGCUCGAGCAGCUACGGCCAUCCCCGAUGGCCUGCUGCCGAACGGCAACUUCGAGGAGGCACCGGCGAGGUCGCAGCUCGACGGCACGAGGGUGACGGGGCGCUACGCGAUCCCGCGCUGGGAGAUAUCCGGGUUCGUGGAGUACAUUGGCUCGGGGCAGAAGCAGGGCGACAUGCUCCUGCCGGUGCCGGAGGGCGCCUACGCCGUGCGGCUGGGCAACGAGGCCUCCAUCCAGCAGCGGAUCGCGCUGACGCGGGGCGCGCACUACUCCGUCACCUUCAGCGCGGCGCGCACCUGCGCCCAGGCCGAGCAGCUCAACGUGACGGUCGCCCCGGAGUCGGACAUCCUCACCAUCCAGACGGUCUACACCAGCAGCGGCUGGGACUCCUACUCCUGGGCCUUCAAGGCCAGGCGCAGCGCCGUGACGCUCAUCGUCCACAACCCCGGCGUCGCCGACGACGCGGCCUGCGGCCCCCUCCUCGACGCGUUUGCCAUCAAGACUCUCCAGCCUCCUCAGCGCACCAAGAGUAACAUGCUGAAGAACGGGGACUUCGAGGAGGGGCCGUACAUCUUCCCCGACACGGCGUGGGGGGUGCUGGUGCCGCCGCUGGACGAGAACGACUACUCGCCGCUGUCCCCGUGGAUGGUCCUGUCGUCGACCAAGUCCGUCAAGUACCUGGACGCGGCGCACCACGCCGUGCCGCGCGGCGCCCGCGCCGUGGAGCUGGUGUCCGGCGUGGAGACGGCGCUGGUGCAGGACGUGGUCACCGUGCCCGGGCGGCACUACAGGCUCGAGUUCUCGGCGGGGGACGCCGGGGACGGGUGCGCGGGGUCGUUGGCCGUCCAGGCGUACGCGGCGCGGGGGAGCGUGAAGGUGGCGUACCAGUCCCAGGGCAAGGGCGGGCACACGCGCGGCGCGCUCGAGUUCACGGCGAUCGCGAACCGGACGCGGGUGGUGUUCGUCAGCACGGCCUACAACGUGAAGGCCGACGGCACGCUCUGCGGGCCCGUCGACGACGACGUCUCGCUCGUGUGCACCCGCGAGCCCGCCGCUCGCCGCUUGCUUCUGUGAUACUACUACUGACAGGACUCAUUCGUAAUUGGUUCGUCAAUCUGAAUGGCUAUGGAGCGUGCUUGAA